AUGUCUCAAUCAGUGACCGAGUUCUGCGAGAAGUGCGGAUCCAUUCUUCCACUGCCGCUGUCCAUGGAUGUGGUCAAAGAGAUCCGAUGCCACGCGUGUGAGCACGUGGUGGACGCCAAGCGCUUCCACGGCGUGGCCGCCACCACACGGAUUGUCUUCAACACCAAAUCACUCAUCAAUAAGGGCUCGACGGAAGCCACCCGUGGGUCGCAAAGUCAGGGACCAGUAGUCGAGCGGAAGUGCCAGAAGUGUGGACACGAGAGACAGACUUUCGCCACUUUGCAGACCAGAUCCGCAGAUGAGGGACAGACUGUCUUCUAUACGUGCCUUAAUUGUGGCGCUCAGGAGAAUGAGAACUCUUGA